UCUAUAUAAUCUAAGCUACUUUACCCCAAAUUUUCAACAAAUAGUUCAAUUUUCUUGAUUCAAUCGUCACAAAUCCCAAGAAAACCAAUUCUUGCAAUAUUUUGGGACUUACCCAAGUUCUUGAAUUUGAGUUUUUACAGGACAAAAAAAAAACAGAGCACAAAUAUGAAUAAACUUUUAACAACUUUAUUAUUUUCAUCAAUCUUAAUUUCAACUCUAUUUUCUACUAGUUAUGGUCAGAAUCAAAAUUGCUCUGCUUUUGCAUUCAGAAAUAACCAAAUAUUUGCAACUUGUAAUGCUCUGCCUCUACUAAACUCUGUUCUUCAUUGGAGUUACCAUCCAGAUAACCAUACAGUUGAUCUUGCUUACAGACAUGGAGGUGUACCAAAUACAGAUUGGGUAGCUUGGGGUUUAAAUAUUGACGGAACAAGGAUGGUUGGUUCACAAUGUUUAGUUGCAUUUAGAAAUUCUAGUGGAGAAAUUCAUGCUUAUACUUCCCCUGUUUCUAGUUAUGGAACUCAGUUAGCAGAGGGGGCUUUGAGUUUCAAUGUUCCGAGAAUUGGAGCUGAGUAUUCGAAUAAUGAGUUUAUUAUUUUUGCAACUUUGGAACUUCCUGCUGGAAGGACUAGUUUUAAUCAAGCUUGGCAAAAUGGUGCUGUUUCUGGUCAGGCUUUGACUGCUCAUGUUCAGUCUGGUGAUAAUAUGAGGUCUUUUGGAAGUAUUGAUUUUGCUAAUGGAGAGUUAGGUGGUGGUGGUAGCUCAGUUACUUCUAGACAACGUAGAAGAAAUGUGAGUUUUCGCAUACCCUUUCUUUAUUUCGUUGAAAUUUAAUUUAUAUAUACUGAC